AUCAUGAUAUAAAACUGAGCUGACAUAGUUUCAUUGUAACCAAAUAGUAGACCUGAAAUUCUUCGGCCUUAACGUUAAGAACGUUCUUAUGCGAUAAGUGAUUUUUUGACCUAAAACAUUUUUAAAAAUGGGAUCAGCUCAUCUGUAAAUAAAUUAUGUAAUUAAAAAAAGUUACAAAAAAAAUUUAAGGGUCAAAAUAUUAAUUCGAUCAAGAAUAUAAAUUUAUUUUUCCAUACAAUAUUUCUUAAAUAAUUUUCAUAUUAAUUUACCUUGCGCAAGGCGCAAGUGUUAUCCUAGCACCCACUGAAUAAGAGAUGUUUGGAACCUUGGAUGAUCUCAGCUUCAAAUGAAACCAAGCUGUUGCUUAAGCCGAUCCUCUAUACAUCCAGAUAUAGCAAAAGAUAUUAAUCCAUUGUACUGACCAAAAAUAUACGUUAGACCUCAUAAAAAAUAUAGUGUAAUAAAUAACUACCAAUGUUCUUAGGUGUUAAUUAGGAAACUAACCAUUAUCUUUGGUAUGGUUGAAACUAUCCUUACAUUUUUAACUUAGUAGUAGUUAGUACGUAUCAUUAUUACAUGAAAAAUAAUUUGUAUAUGUGUAUAAUUUAGUAUCUUGGUAAUGAUUUAGAGUUGUUUACAAAUCAUAUUAAUAUAAUUAUUUAAAACCAAGUAUUACCCAAAAACAAUUUACUGGUAAAUACCCAAUUGAAUUUUCACCAAAGUUAAGAUUCUGUUUUAAAUGGGAGAGCAAAGAGAAAUCAGAUAACCAUAUAUGAACACUUCCAUAACCAUAAAUAAUCAACCAAAAGCAAUGCAAAAGAAACAGCCCAAUAUUAGCCGAUGAUUACUUACUAGUAACAAGAAUCAAGUUCUUGUGUUUAAAAAAUAGAAUUAUACUAACAGUUCAUGGAAACACAUUAAUUAAGUCUAUAUAAGCAAAUACAGUAGAUCGACACUUCUCAUCGUGUCUUAAACACAUUUAUUAAUAACACAAAAUCCUCACUUUUAUAUACCCUGAACAAAAUAAGAAGAUGACUUGCAUUGCUUCUGCGUUUAAGGCUUUGUGUUUGUCUCUCUUGUUCGUCGCCGCCGUUGCAAGUCGUCCGACCAACAGGCCAAAGGUUUUUAACGUCCAACGCUAUGGUGCCAAAGCUAACGGAAAAACUGAUAACACCAAGGUAUGUACAUGACCAAUAUGUAUAGAAACACGCAAAAAUAAACAUUUUAUCGAUUCUGUUUUGUUUUAUUUGUCCAAAAUUAGGCGUUCACAAACAUAUGGAAAAGCGCAUGCACAAGGAAAGGUGGUAAUAGUAAAAUCUACGUACCGAAAGGAACGUUUUAUCUCGGUGGUGUAGAGUUCGUAGGGCCAUGCGCGAAUCAGAUUGAAUUUGUUAUCGAUGGAACUUUACUGGCUCCUUCAAACCCCAGGGACAUUAAGAAUGACACAUGGAUCCAAUUCAGGUACAUUAACAAUCUUAUUAUCUCCGGUGCCGGUACACUCGACGGCCAAGGGAAAGAGUCUUGGCCACUAAAUGACUGCCACAAAAACCCCAAUUGUCCUAAGCUAGCUAUGGUACCACUUCUUAAUCGUUUUACAUAUUGCUUUAUUAUAUGAUUUUACAAUGAAAAUUGUGCAAUUCAAUUAUUUUCUAUUACCCCUUCAAUUCAUAGAUUUAAUUAUCUAGAUAGAAAACGUCAUUAAAACGAGUAUAUAUAGUUUUGAAGGGGGCAAUAUCCACAUAAUAAUAUGUCUAUAUCUUAUAUUCUAGUCUGCUAGUGUCUUACUAAACUUGAUUAUUCUCACAGACCAUGGGAUUUGCAUUCGUGAACAACUCAAGAAUCAAUGGGAUAACAUCACUCAACAGCAAAAUGGGACACUUCAACUUCUUCUCUGUCCAUCACUUCAACAUCACUGACGUCACUGUAACAGCUCCCGGCGACAGCCCAAACACCGAUGGGCUAAAGUUUGGGUUCUGUAGCAACAUUAACAUCUCCAGGACACACAUUGGUACAGGAGACGACUGUAUCGCCAUCCUUUCCGGAACCACCAACAUGGAUAUCUCUAAUGUCAACUGUGGUCCCGGACAUGGGAUCAGUGUCGGAAGCUUAGGGAAGAACAAAGAAGAGAAGGACGUUAAUGGCUUAACCGUAAGAGACAUAGUCUUUAACGGCACUAGCGACGGUAUUCGGAUCAAGACUUGGGAGUCUUCAGCUUCGAAGAUCUUGGUUUCUAACUUUGUGUACGAGAAUAUUCAGAUGAUUAACGUUGGAAACCCUAUCAACAUCGACCAGAAGUAUUGUCCUCACCCACCUUGUGAAAACAAGGUGAAAUCUCUAUGUGCAAGAUACAAACUUAGAUAAUUCUUUUCUCUUAUUACAACAAAAGAAAAAAGAAAGUUGUGUUUUCAUUAAUUUUUUCAGGGAGAGUCACACGUUCAAAUCCAAGACCUUAAAUUAAAGAACAUAUAUGGAACAUCGACAAACAAAGUGGCGGUGAAUCUACAGUGUAGCAAGAGCUUUCCGUGCAAGAAGGUUGAGCUAAUUGACAUUAACCUAGAGCAUAAGGGAGUCGAGGGUGGUCCUUCCACUGCGGUAUGUGAGAAUGUUGAUGGUUCUACACGUGGCAAGAUGGUUCCUCAGCAUUGCCUGAACUGAUUCAACGACCCAUGGGAACAAUGGCCGUGUGUUGUACUAUUUUAUAUUUCCUUAUGUUUUUUGUAUAAUUUCUAGUUGCUGUGUUGUACCCCCAAAUACCAUGAUAAAUAUACAUACUUAAAUAAUAUUUUAAAUAAUAGUAUAUAGAGAUCGGUAGAAUUUGCCAAUAUAUGUUUAUUAAUUCAUUUUCUUAAAUAUUAUGAUAAAUAAAUAUUAGGUCCCAAUAAAUAUUUAUUAAAAUAACUUUUUAUGAUAUAAAUUAAUUAGAGUAGUGAUUUAUUUUAUAAUUAUGGAAAAUGUGACAAAUAGUCGAAAUCACUUCUCUAAUAAUAAUAGUAUAGAUUUAGUUCUUUUGGUGAUGAUUUAGAGUUGUUUACAAAUCAUAUUAAUAUAAUUAUUUUAAAACCAAGCAUUACCAAAAAAAAUUUUACUGGUAAAUACCUAAUUGAAUUUUCACCAAAGUUAAGAUUCUGUUUUAAAUGAGAGAGCAAAUAGAAAUCAGAUAAACAUAUAUGUUCAAAUAUAGUGGUCUCCAUACUAUAUUAGCUUCUUAAGCUAAAUCAAAUUGCACUAGAAGCUAAUAUAGUACAUUGAAAAUGUUAGUCCUCGAUCGGAGUAUUCUUCAUGCUAGAUGUUGAGUUUAGUUUGUCUUUUUCACACUCAUAUGGAUGGAUAUUAAUUGUCUAUAUCAGAAAUGACUAAAGAUAUAGAUAGCUACAUCUUUUUAAUUUAAUACAAUAAAACUUCUAUAGAUUAAUAAUAUUGGGACUUUGAAAUUUUAUUAAUUUAUAGAGAUAUUAAUUUUAAAA